CUCGCCGCACCACUGUCGAAAACGCGAUUUUCAACAGUUCCUCUUCACCGCACAGGCUGUCAAAGUCGGAGACGGGAAGAAAAUUUGCAAGUUGUCAGAGAAUGCUUCUCAACACCUCCUGUCGAAAGUUGUUGAAUCCCCAGCCUGCUACUCAGAUGCUUUCAACAUUCCUCGGCUGCGCCAUCGACUUCGCUUCGAAAUUUGCGUUGACCGGUUCCAGACGGGAUCUGGACGGAACGGAUUCGCGGAGAGAUAGGGGGAAGCGGCAGGAAGAGAAGGAGGGGGAGGAAGAGGAGAAAGAGGAGAGGGAGGAGGAGGAGGACGAGGAGAAAGAGGAGGGGGAGAAGGAGGAGGAGGAGGAGGACGAGGAGGAGGACGAGGAGAAAGAGGAGGGGGAGAAGGAGGAGGAGGAGGAGGAGGAGGAGGAAGAGGAGAAAGAGGAGGGGGAGGAGGAGGAGGAAGAGGAGGAAAGCCUUAAGGUGAGAAAGCCGGCAACAAGGCGAGGCAAAAAAAGGAGGGAGGGGCGGGCAUCUGCAUACGUUUCGUUUCUUAGGCUUGGUGCAUCUCGCCGGGAAAGCGCCGAGAUGUCGAACAAUCGGGCAGGAGAGCAGGGGCCGCGCGAUGACAACCCGAUCGAGGAGGAGGAGGAGAGGGUGAGAAGGAAGGCGAGGAUUGAAGCGAGCAAACUGUAUUUUGACGUUCCAGCCUCGAAGGAACCUGUCCUCUAUUCGCCAGUCUACGACAUCGUCUUUCUGGGACUUGAAAAAUUGCAUCCAUUUGAUUCCACCAAAUAUGGACGGGUCUGUCGUUUUCUUGUGGAGGGAAAAUAUCUGCACAAAGACCAAGUUGUGGAGGCAAAAGAAGCGCAGAGAGAAGACCUGCUUGUGGUUCACACAGAGAAGUAUUUGAAGAGUCUGGAAUGGAGCGCUAAAGUGGCGGCAAUCACUGAGCUUCCGCCAAUUGCGCUACUGCCGAAUUUUGUUCUUCAGAGAGUACUGCUAAGGCCUUUCCGGGUACAGACAGGAGGCACGAUUCUUGCUGCCAAACUGGCCCUGGAAAGGGGGUGGGCGAUUAACCUCGGGGGAGGAUUCCAUCAUUGCUGCGGUUAUAGCGGUGGUGGCUUCUGUGUAUAUGCUGACAUUUCCUUGAGCAUUCACUUCGCUUUCGAGAAGCUCAACAUUGAAAGAGUGAUGAUUAUCGACCUAGAUGCUCAUCAAGGCAAUGGACAUGAACGUGAUUUUGAUGGUGAUGAUCGGGUUUACAUCUUCGACAUGUAUAACUGGCAGAUUUACCCCCAUGACUUGGAGGCAGCUCGAGCAAUUUCUCGUGCAGUGCGGCUAAGGGAGGGAGGAGGGAGGAGGGAGGAGGGAGGAGGGAAGAUGGAAGGAGGAGGGAAGAUGGAAGGAGGAGGGAAGAUGGGAGGAGGAGGCAGGGUAUGGAAGAGCUGGCAGGAGGAAGGCGAUGGAGAGGGAGGGAUGAGGGAGGCGAUGGAGAUGGAAGCAGGAGGGAGGAGGCAGGGUAUGGCGGAGUAUGGAGGAAGGAGGUGAUGGAGAGGGAGGGAGGAAGGAUGAGGCAAGCUCUCAAGAGUUGAUAAUAAAGACAGCAGACAUUU